UUCCUCAUUGCCAACGCCCAGAUGGAGAACUGCGCCAUCAUCUACUGCAACGACGGCUUCUGCGAGAUGUUCGGCUACUCCCGCGUGGAGGUGAUGCAGCGACCCUGCACCUGCGACUUCCUCACCGGCCCUGACACCACCAAGAGCUCCAUCGCUCAGCUCACCCAGGCCCUGCUCGGCUCCGAGGAGUGCAAGCUCGAGAUACUCUACUACCGCAAAGACACCUCGUGUUUCCGCUGCCUGGUGGACGUGGUGCCAGUGAAGAACGAGGACGGCGUCGUCAUCAUGUUCAUCCUCAACUUCGAGGACCUGGCACAGCUCAUCGCCAAGAGCGCCAGCCGGAGCCUGCACCAGCGCCUGUCGCAGAGCUGGCGCGGAGGUCAAGGUAGGAGGUUGAAGUUUAGUCUCCCGUCCCUGCGGCGACUCAAAAUCCAGCGGAAAUCUCUGCCCACCAGUGAGUUUGAUGGAGUAGCCAUUGACUAUGGAAAGCCUGGUGGUGACUCCCUGAUUUUGAGGGACUUGAAGACAUCGCCCAAGGAGAACUGUGUGCAGUCAGAGACCGAAUCCCUCCUGGAAAAGGAGCGGAGGCCGAGCCUGGAGGCCGACCCCACCCUACAACACUCGUCCCCGAAACAAGAGCCUCCCUUGCUGGGCCCACGAGGGUCGUACUCUGCCUGGGGUUUCUUUCGGUCUCGCCCUGGGGGCAGCUUCCACAGCCUCCGCAGGGUCUCCUCCUUGGACAACUUUGAGGCUGCGAGGUCUGAGUUCCAGAGAAAAUUCAGGGAAAGGAGGGCAAACUCAGAGGCUUCCCAUGUCAAACCCAACCCCCCGAACUCCACCUCAGACUCGGACCUCAUGAAGUACCGGACCAUCAGCCAGAUCCCCCAGUUCACGCUCAACUUUGUGGAGUUCAACCUGGAAAAGCACCGCUCAGGCUCCACCACAGAGAUCGAGAUAAUUGCUCCGCACAAGGUGAUGGAGCGCACCCAGAAUGUCACCGAGAAGGUCACACAGGUGCUGUCCCUGGGCGCUGACGUCCUUCCUGAGUACAAACUGCAGGCGCCACGCAUCCACCGAUGGACCAUCCUGCACUACAGUCCCUUCAAGGCCGUGUGGGACUGGCUUAUCCUUCUGCUGGUCAUCUACACAGCCGUCUUCACCCCCUACUCAGCGGCCUUCUUGCUCAACGAGGAGCAGGUGGAGGAGAAGCACUGGGACUGCAGCUACUCCUGUGACCCACUCAACAUCAUCGACCUCAUCGUGGACAUCAUGUUCAUUGUCGACAUUGUCAUCAACUUCCGUACCACCUAUGUCAACAUCAAUGACGAGGUGGUGAGCCACCCUGGCAAGAUCGCCAUCCACUACUUCAAGGGAUGGUUCCUCAUUGACAUGGUUGCCGCCAUCCCCUUUGACCUGCUCAUCUUCCGCUCCGGCUCUGACGAGACCACCACCCUCAUCGGCCUCCUGAAGACCGCCCGGCUGCUGCGCCUGGUCCGCGUGGCCCGCAAGCUGGACCGCUACUCUGAGUACGGAGCAGCCGUGCUCUUCCUGCUCAUGUGCACCUUCGCCCUCAUCGCCCACUGGCUGGCCUGCAUCUGGUAUGCCAUUGGCAACGUGGAGCGGCCCUACAUGGAGCACAAGAUCGGCUGGCUGGACAACCUGGGUGACCAGAUCGGCAAGCGCUACAACGACAGUGACCUCUCCUCUGGCCCAUCCAUCAAGGAUAAAUAUGUCACUGCCCUCUACUUCACCUUCAGCAGCCUCACCAGCGUGGGGUUUGGCAACGUCUCACCCAACACCAACUCUGAGAAGAUCUUCUCCAUCUGUGUCAUGCUUAUCGGCUCUCUGAUGUAUGCCAGCAUCUUCGGCAACGUCUCUGCCAUCAUCCAGCGCCUGUACUCGGGCACAGCCCGCUACCACACGCAGAUGCUGCGGGUCAAAGAGUUCAUCCGCUUCCACCAGAUCCCCAACCCCCUGCGCCAGCGCCUGGAGGAGUAUUUCCAGCAUGCCUGGUCCUACACCAACGGCAUCGACAUGAAUGCGGUGCUGAAGGGUUUUCCCGACUGCCUGCAGGCAGAUAUCUGCCUCCACCUCAACCGCACGCUGCUGCAGAACUGCAAGGCUUUCCGAGGAGCCAGCAAAGGCUGCCUGCGCGCCCUGGCCAUGAAGUUCAAGACAACCCAUGCGCCGCCUGGAGACACCCUGGUGCACUACGGAGAUGUCCUCACCACACUCUACUUCAUCUCCAGGGGCUCCAUUGAGAUUCUCCGGGAAGACAUUGUGGUGGCCAUCUUAGGAAAGAACGACAUCUUUGGGGAGCCCAUCAGCCUCUACGCUCGCCCAGGGAAGUCCAAUGCCGACGUGAGGGCCCUGACCUACUGUGACUUGCACAAGAUCCAGCGGGAGGACCUGCUGGAGGUCUUGGACAUGUACCCAGCCUUCUCUGACAACUUCUGGAGCAACUUAGAGAUAACCUUCAACCUGCGAGAUGCAGACAGCGUUCCCCGCUCACCGCUCAGUGAGGAGUAUGACUGCACCUACCGGCGGGCACGCCGACGCAAGAACUCCCUUUGCCAGCCCAACAAGCCUGACCCAGACACGGGCAUCUCUGAUGCAGAGCAAUACCACACCUACUCAGAGCUCACCAACCCGCAGGACCCGCUGAGUAAGGACCAGUGGGAUGACCUGGGCAGCAGCACCACUCCCUGCUCCCAGAUCAGCGACGACGAGGCCAAGACUGGCAGCCCUAUGAAAGCUGAGCCCUUCACCACAUCCAAAAAGGAUGACUUUGCUCUGCCCACGCUCAGCCUCAUCACCACCGGCGCCGGCGGCCCAGAGGUUGGCAAGCAGGCAGCAGAGAGCAGCCAGUCUUACGCAGCCACCCCCCUGGACAUCCCCAACAUGUUCACCUUCUGGGAGGACCGAAGGCCAAAUCAACACCCGGAGCCUUUGCAACACAUCUCCUUGGUACACAGCUCGCAGGACAUCCGCCAGCACAGCGACUACAGACCAGGGCAGAUCGAGUCCAGGCUGGAGCUCCUGCAAGCCCAGCUCAGCAGGCUGGAGUCCAGGAUGUCAUCAGACAUUAAUAUAAUCCUCCAGCUUCUGCAGCGCCAGCUGUCCCAAGUGCCGCCCGCAUACAGCCCCAUCUCGCCGUCCUCCCACAACCUGGCCAUGUACGGCAUCCUCCCACGGAGUCUGGAGCCGCUCGCCCCCUGUGCACCGCUGGAGGAUGAGGAGACGAUGACCCCAGAGCAGAGCCCGAGCUACACGGAGGUAGAAAAGUUCCACUUGAAAUCCAGGGACUCCUUGUCGAGUGGGAUGCACCUCACUGUGGCGUCUGACGAAACCAUGACGGUCUACUCCGAGCAGGAGCACCAUUCCCCACCUCUCCCGAACCCAGAGCCUCCCCACCAAAGGGCACCAAAUACCCAGGGACUCUUCCGGGGCUCUCGUUUCCCUUCCCUCCCUGAGCACUUGGAGGCAUCUUCCGAGCACCAGGACAUUCAGAGACACCUCUCCGACCCAGUGCUUCCUGGAAGUUAG